GUAGCAAGCACUUGAGGAUUCAUAACGCUAUUAGUUACCGUCAGGAACAAGUCAAGUCUCUUGAAAGUAUCAGCUUGAAAAUGAAAACCUUCAUUCUUCUAUUGGGCAUCAUAGCCCCGGCUUUUGCCUAUACUGAUUCGCAAUGUUCGAGCUACGACCAUGAGACGUACGGGUGUGUAGGAGAAUGUAUCUCUACAGGUGAUUGUCCUGGUUCUAAGUACCAGAGUAAUCUCUGUCCCACACAGCCAGCCAAUGUCAAAUGCUGCUUUACAGCGGACUCUGAUGCAGACUGUGCAAACUACGACCAUUCGACGUAUGGACAGGUGGGAAGCUGUAUUGAAUCUAGUCAGUGUCCUCACAGCAACUACAUCUCUAAUCUGUGUCCAACCAAGGCAAACAGUAUCAAAUGCUGCUUCAGCAAGCCAGAAGGAACAUGCGGAGGCGGAGGCGGAGGCUCUGCCCAGGAGAUGGCCUGCCAAAUACUGGCUAACAACAAUAUAUAUCUCCUGGAAAACAACGGAUAUCUCAACUCUAACGGGGCGAAUGAUGGAGCUGAUGCUGAGUCUAACAUCAGGGAUACCUGUAACGGUGGCACAGCUAAACGUUCCUCAUAUUGUUGUUCAUCUGGUUGUGCCCCUGGUGGAUCUGUCUCUCUGAAAGCAAGCGUACUCUCGUACAUCCUGGAUGUUGCCAAUAGUGGACAAUACAACAGUUAUCUCCAGAUCAACGCAAUCGCUGGAGCCUGUCACUCAUCAACCUCUUGGCAUUACCAAGGUACCAGUGUGGACCUCCAGAUUAAAAGCGGUGACUCUGGCUACGCAUCCUCUUGGAUGAGUACUUGCUCAGCCGCAGGAGCCCGAGAGAACCUUGGCCCUGGGUACCCUGGACACUCAACUCAUACCCAUUGUGCUUUCGCGUCAUAAGAUUCAGAAUUAGGCCUAAACCAAGUUCAAAGGGACACAUUCUUUUAACGGGAUUACUCUUAAUUGGAGCACGAAUGUUAUAACUAUUUUGAAAUUAGAUCUCAUUUAAUUGUCCAUUAUAUUCUUUGUAUACCAGAAAGGGUUCGAAUCUCUGUCAGUUGCACAGGGACAAGAUAUAAUUAUCAUCUGUAGUUAAUCUCUCUCUGAUCCAUAGGUGUUAAAUACGUACCUGGAAGUUAAGGAUUUCUCUUUAAAAAAACACUCACUGAUAACUGUUUGCCGGAGCUAAUUGUAUAAAUAAAUAUGGAAGAGCAUAAAGAUAUUAUAUCAUAAUGAUAUGCACCAAACAAAAAAGAUGCAUUAUUCCAAUCAUCUAUUAUUUACACUAUUAAACGCUCGGACCUGCUACUGUAAUGCACUUAUCAACUAUAAUGGCCACUUGUGCAAUAUGAUAAUUGUGACUUUUUCUCUCUAUGUACAUGUUAUACUGAAACCUACCCUUACCUCUUUUAUCACUUUUACUGGACUAUAUAGGCCCAUCUUCAACCAAUAGGAGCUUUCAAUAAGUAUAAUCAAUGUUAACCUUGAUGACUCCUACUUUCAUGAAUGAUUCAUUAUUGUCACGAAGUUUUCUUCCAGCUGUAAUUUUAGAACUAAUAAACACUACUUAAAGAACGGACAUAAA